GUCGUGACUCUCGGGCCUCUCAAGAGCCGGAGAGGUACGGGGACUAACACCCUGGCUGACACUAGGAGUCAUCCAUCCUUGCUAGUUGUUGUGAGUAGGGCACGUUAUGUACCUCCAUUGGUGAGAGUCCAGAUAAGCCCCCAGCACGCCGGCCGGAUCUCGGAGCUACCCUUUUCCGACCCUCUCCAUGUUGCGACCACCGCCGCUGGAAGCUCGAGGGGAGCUGCUUGAGAUCAUAUUCGCUCUGACGUCGUCAAGUCGGUUUCGAUUUCUCUUUAAACCACCUAUUCUCGCUUUGGAAGAUUUAGCGACUCUACAGGGCGAUUUUAUCCUCUGUCUUCCACUCUCACGAGUCGAUUACGUCCUUGUGUUUCUGCCCGCCCACAACCUUGAACAGUCCAGAUUGAUCAAUAUAUCGCAAAAUGUUACCUCUGGGCCUCCUCACAGCCGCGCAAGGCCACCCCAUGCUCGUGGAACUCAAGAACGGAGAAACCCUCAACGGACAUCUCGCCAAUUGCGACAACUGGAUGAACCUGAUACUCAAGGAAGUUGUUCAGACUAGCCCCGAAGGUGACCGUUUCUUUCGGCUACCAGAGGUCUAUGUCAGAGGAAACAAUAUCAAAUACCUACGGAUCCCCGAAGAGAUCAUAGAACUGGUGAAGGAGCAACAGCAGAACCAGUCGAAUAACCGGAACCGCGGUCCGCGUGAGGGUGGUCGGGGCGAUCGAGGUCGUGGUGGUGGCCGAGGCCGGGGACGCGGCCGCGGCCGUGGUGGCAGAGACGCCUGAAAUUAUCUACGAAAGAAUGAAAGAGUUUAUGAGAGAUACCCUGGGGCGGUUUAGUAGGUACUUAGUUCGCUAGGAAAUUCCGUUUGGCGGGCUAGUCGAGCAUGGCCUUGGCGUAUCUGGUUGUAUUUGUCAAUGGGAAAUGUGCCACCUACGCUUUUCUUGUCUCCUACACUGUUGUAAUGCACCAUCAUCCUACAAGAGAAGGGCGGAGGGCCUGCGAUGGAUUGGUCUCUAAAUUGUUCUUUCUUGGACCCUCGCACGUGGAAAUAGCGUCACGGUCACGUGCAUAUAUAGAGCUCUUUUGGGUCCUGCC